CACUCAUUUCUCCACCACAUCACUCUCUCCCUCUCAUUCUCAUCAGCCACACACCUUCCUACUUGAAUGGCGAAAUCAGUUAACGCCAUGGGAUGGGCCGCCAGAGACCCUUCCGGCGUCCUCUCCCCCUUCAACUUCUCCCGCCGCGCCGCCGCCGACCGCGACGUCCAGUUCAAGGUGCUCUACUGCGGCGUCUGCCACUCCGAUCUCCACAGCAUCAAGAACGAGUGGGGCAACACCCAAUACCCAAUCAUCCCGGGCCAUGAGAUCGUCGGCGUCGUCACCGCCGUCGGCCCCAGCGUCACCAAAUUCAAGCCCGGCGACAAGGUCGGCGUCGGCUGCCUCGUCAAUUCCUGCCGGAAAUGCGAUCAAUGCGCCGCCCAUCUCGAGAAUUACUGCCCGCAGCUGGUGCUCACCUACAACAGCGUUCUCCCCGACGCCUCCGUCACCUACGGCGGUUACUCCGACGUGAUGGCGGCCGACGAGGACUUCCUCAUCCGGUGGCCCGACAAUUUCCCCAUGGACAAGGGCGCCCCGCUAUUGUGCGCCGGGAUCACCACCUACAGCCCGUUGCGGUACUACGGGCUGGACAGGCCGGGCCUCCACGUGGGCGUCGUCGGGCUGGGCGGGCUCGGCCACGUGGCAGUCAAGUUCGCCAAGGCUUUCGGGACGAAGGUGACGGUGAUCAGCACAUCCGCCGGGAAGAAGAAGGAGGCCAUCGAGACCCUCGGCGCCGACGCCUUCCUCAUCAGCCGGGACGCGGCGGAGAUGCAGGCGGCGGCGGGGACCUUGGACGGGAUCAUCGACACGGUGUCGGCGCAGCACCCGCUGCCGCCGCUGCUGAGCUUGUUGAAACCGCACGGGAAGCUGGUGCUGGUGGGGGCGCCGGAGAAGCCGCUGGAGCUGCCGGCGUUCCCGCUACUCAUGGGGCGGAAGACGGUGGCGGGGAGCAUGAUCGGCGGGCUGAAGGAGACGCAGGAGAUGAUCGAUUUCGCAGCGAAGCAUAAUAUAUUGGCGGAGGUGGAGAUGAUUCCGAUGGAUUACGUGAACACAGCGAUGGAGCGGCUGGCUAAAGCCGACGUCAAGUAUCGCUUCGUGAUUGAUGUUGGGAAUACGCUCAAAACCGAGUAGCUACUCGACCUCAUGAUUCUUUUUGAAUUACAAUUGAUAGUAUUCUAGUUUAUGGCUUUCUUUUAAUAAAUAAGCACCGGAACUCAUGUACUAUUCCUAUUAAGUUGCGAUAUUAUGGGACUAUAUUUUAUGAUA